AGCCGUUUUGACGCAAGCCGUCUCUGCCGAGGCAUCUGGCAGUCGCCCUGACCUUACGUUAUAACUACAGUCGGACCGAGGCAUCCGAUCGAUGUCGGCUCGGGGAGGGUGCCCUCGUGUUGUGGUCGUGCCUGCUGGAAGUGCUGGUGCGUCCUGGGGGGAGGCUGCCCUUGCCUGUUCUGCGCGUCUGGGUCGGCGGAGGGUCUCGCGUCCUUGAGGGAUGUUCUCUUGGCCUGGGUCCGGCUGUACCCGUUCCGCGCACCAUCCCAGCACCGAUGGCGGCCUCCCGCGUGCUGGCGCUGUCCGCCCUCGCCUCCACGUGCGCCGGCCUGGCGCAGAGGAAGGACGACGUCCUCGUCACCCACAACCUGACGAUCUGCAACGGGUACGCGGACCGCAGGCCCCUCAGUGUCUACACGAUGACUAACAAGGCCAAGCUCACGGAGAACCCCCUGGAGUACAAGGCCUGCAAGCUGAUCUCGCUGGAGCUGGGCGAGGGCGAGCGGCUGGACUUCAAGCUGGGCGGCCUCAGCGUGGGCACGUUCCGCGCGGCCGGCCUGCCCUACACGCCCUCGAACCUGCUGCUGGUGCCCUUCCACAAGGACACGAAGACGAUGUCUGCCGCCUUCGCCUCCCACGCGUUCAACUCGAUGGAGGGGAGCCAGGUGGCCGUCAUCGACGCGUACGUCGGCAGCGUGAACAACACCAUGUUCAUCCAGACCACGAGCCGCUCGAACCGUCAGCGCGGCGAGCUCAAGGCGGGGGCGUCCAUCUCGAUCCCCCCCAGAGAGUACACCGUCUCCAUCAACAACGAGAAGGGCAAGCACCUGAAGGAGCGCAAGCUGGACGCCGCUGCCAACACCAGGUACGUGGUGAUGCGCGUCGGCAGCGAGGCAGAUGGCCACGAGGAGGACCUCGUGAUCUCCGCGGCGACAGGAAACGACUUCGCGAAGGAUGGCAGCGGCUCCCUCCGGUCCAGCCUCGGCGCCCUGGCUCUGCUGGCCGCGGCGGCCGCCACCCUGGUCGCGGCGUGAGCGGCCGCGUGAGCGUCGGAAGAGGGCAGACGCGCAGAUGUUGGCGCGCUCCAUUCCUUUUUCCCUUAUAAAUAACUUCUCCCUGUCGCACCCCGAGGCCAGUUUUUAGAGCGGCUUGGAGGGAGGGUUUAUUCAAACAUCGC